AUGCAUCUAGACCUCAACCCUACAACAAUACCGUUAUCCACAUUCAGAACCCUCCUGUCUUCAUACGAAACAACCCUGAAGACAACAACGCGGUCCAAAGCCCUCGCCAAAGCCUCAUCAAAGGGGAAGAAGCAGAAGAAGAUCCAGAGCAAGAAGCGCGCCGCUGACUCUGCCCAAAAUGAAGAUGGCGGGCACGGGCACGGGCACGGGCUAAGUCAAGACGCGAAGAAGCAGGUCGACGCGCAGGUUAGGGAGUUUGAGGCCCUUGAUGCGUGGCGGUAUGAGUCUCUCCCGGGGCUCAUUGAGCGGAGAAGUCAAGGGAACGCCGAUGAAGGAGAAGGGAAAGGAGGGCAUUCUCUCUCCAAGGACGAGGUUGUUAAGUUGAUGGAGUGGAAGCUAAAACACGGCGUCUACCGCCCAGCCCUGCUAGGCAUGAUAAAAUCAAACCAAGAAAAGAGCAUCCAAAGCGCAACACGCAGCGCGUUUUCUCUCAUCCAGGAGGAAAAGUGUCUCGAUUUUCAGAGUAAUAUCCAGAAAGGCCUGGAUGCCCUGACGGCGCCGCUCCGGGGUGUCGGGCCUGCGACGGCGUCGCUGAUUCUGUCUGUUGCGUCGGCGGAUAUCCCGUUUUACAGUGAUGAUGCGUUUCUUUGGCUUUGUAAACGGAAAGACGGAGGAGAGCGAAGCAAAGAAGUUCGGCAGAAUGGGGAAUUGAAUGUCAAGUACAAUAUCCCCGAGUAUAAACGGCUUUGGGAUGCAGUGCAGAAGUUGCGGGCGAGGUUGAAUGAGGAGGCUGGUGAGGGUGAAGGCAUUUCGUGUGCGGAUGUGGAGAGGGUGGCAUUGGUGGUUAGGCACUUUGAUCAGUCCGGACUUCAGAACGAGGCAACGAAUAGAGAAGAGAGAGAGGAUGGGAAGAGGAAGAAGAGAAGGGUGCAUAAUGAGUAG